CGGAACUCGAAUAGGAACUAUAUCCUAUUAUGCUUAUCAUCUUUCAUGGAUUACAGAUAGAAAGAAGAAAAGCAAAAGGCGACAUGGAAGCCAGCUCAGUGACAGCCCUCCAGACGGACGAGCAAAGCAAGGUGACGUAGCCAAAUACUUUGACAAAGUCGUUGAUGGAGCCAGUUCCAAUUGGGACAACUUGGCCCGAGAGCUGAAAUUCACCCCCAACCAGAUAGAUGGCAUAGCUGAUAAGAGACCUGACCAAGACAGGAGAUGUAGGGAGAUGCUGAGGAUGUGGAGAGACAAGGUCGGAGAAGCUGCUACUCUUCAGGUCCUGAAAGAGGCUCUCAUCCAAAUCGACCAACGGUACCUUUCAGAAACGUUGGAGGUCAAAAAACAUGGGGACUAGUGUCUCAAAAUCACCGGCUGCUCAACCAAGAAAAGCUGUUCCUCAAGCGGCUGUUCCUCAAGCGGCUGUUCCUCAAGCGGCUGUUCCUCAAGCGGCUGUUCCUCAAGCGGCUGUUCCUCAAGCGGCUGUUCCUUCAACAGUUGCUGUCCAGCCAGCUGUUAUCAAAAGGCCCUCCACUUUGAAGGAGCUUGUCGAUGAUUGUAAAGUACCUAAAGAGUUCAUGCAAGAUGGCGCUGAAGUGAUCCUAACUCACACUGAGGAUAUGCCUGUGUCUGCUGAGGUCUACUGGUCCGCCUUUCGGGACUUCGUGGAACUGCAGCUUCACAUGGAAGGGCACGAGAACCUGCGAGUCAUCAGAGGUUAUGGGGAGGUGGGCACGGUGGUCUCCUUCUACUACGACCCGACGGAUCUUGCGGAGGGGCAGCGGGAGAUGAAGCUGGUGAAGAAGGACGAUUCCACUCGCACCUGGAGGGUCCAGGAGACGGAACCAAACCAGCUGUAUAACAGAUACGAGAUGACAAUAAAGGUUGAAGGAAGCACCACAGCCAAGGUAACCAUAUCAGUCCGCUUUGUGUCCGCCAUCAAAGACCGGAAGGAGCGUCGUCGCGACAUUGCUUACCACAUGGUUCAUCUUUUGGGAGCUCGCAUCCGGGACAUCCUGAACUUCGUUGUACGUGAGAAGGUCGGGGGAAAGCACCGGUUUGAACUGGAUGUUGGCUGUUCUCGCGAGAAAAUAUGGGGCAUUGUGGGAAACUGGAAUGACGUCACAUGGAUACGCGAGGCUACGGGCACCAUUGUUAAUGGUCUCCGUCGCACGAUCUACUUCACAAAGGACCGUUCCCUGGAGGUUCGUCUGGCCUGGAGGGACUCCAGCGACUACCUGUUCGUGUAUGAAGGAGACAACAGUCCGGACUUCCUACACUGCAAGUACUACAGGGGAAGGCUGCAGUUCUUCGCCGUGAACCCGAACAAGGUCAAGGUGGUGUACGACUGCUCCUUCCUGCCGGCUAAGGACGCCCCUGUGGAAGAGUUUAAGAAGUGGUUUGUCCCAGCUAUCGGUAGCAGGAUUGGGUGGCUUAAGGACACUUUUAGCGAGCAGAAACCCGGGAAGAAGGAAAAAAGUACGAGACCCCCAGAUUUCACGAAGGGAGCGUACGCCACAGCCGCCCGCGGCAUCGUCAGGGGACCCGUGGAGGACGUGUGGAAGGUCUUCCGGCCUUUUGGACGGGACUGUAUGGAGUACUGGAAGAUCUACGACAGCAUGGAGAUCGAGGCGCCCGGAAAUGACGUACAAGGCUGCAUCCGGAGUUUUGUAACCUCCAAAACAAAGAGCAAAAUCAGAGAGAGGCUUGAAUGGAGAGACGACAAAAAUCACGUUGAAAUCUACAGCCUCCUGACCAUGGAACCUCCACCUCCGGUUACCAUGGACAACGUGUACACAACCAUCACUAUGACAGAAUUUGGUGAGAAGGAGACUGAAGUCAAGUUCGAGUGCACCUUUGACGUCAGCACGUCGCUAGCCGUGUCCCGUAUCCAAGACAACCAGAAGGGAGCCUACAUGGCGUGCAUCAACGGACUCCAGCAGCUCUUCCACUCCGAGGUCGGGACGCUAGAGGUCGUUGUUGGGAGUGCCGCUGAUCUGGCAAAGACUGAUGGCUGGUGCGACGCUGACCCGUAUAUCGUCCUCGCUGUGAACGAUGGGAAACCGGUGACGACAAGGGUCUGCCGUGCUACCCAGAAUCCCAACUGGGACGAGCGAUUUGAGCUCUCCGUGACCUCCCGCAGCAGAAACGUCAUCUUCACAAUAAUGGAUCGAGACACGGUUGGGCAGGAUGACAUCAUGGGUACAGCUAACGUCAACCUGGACGAGUUGACGUCAGGUAAGGAGAAGAAGAUGGCUCUGGACGUGCAACAAGGAGGAGGCACGCUGAACGUCCGACUGUACCUCAAGAUGCACGACAAACCCAAGGACAUCAAGGAGGGAGACAAACUUGUCAAACAGAUCAGCCUGCCCUUUCUUGCGCCCGUCUUCCAGAGCGAACUGGACGUCAUCCGGAACGAGUUCACCAGCCUCAUUACGUCAUUCCUCGGAAAAGGCCAAAAAUACGAGCUGGAGAAGACAAAACGCCUGCGGAGUCAUCCCGAUGUUCCGUUGGAGGAGAUGCCGGCAGCCUGUGUCCCCAUGCCCACGGCAGAGAUGUUCACUCCGGUUAAAACUGGCCGCCUGAUGCAGCGUCUCAUGGAGUUCAUCGGGUCUCAGGCCCAGAUCAUGCUGCGCCUGGCCCAAGUCAAGGGUCUCUGGGAUCCGUGGAAGGCCAACUUCAGCGGCUACCUUCCUGCCAACGAGAGGCUGAUUGAAGAAUGGCAGAGUGACACGGAAUUCUGCCGACAGUAUCUUCAGGGCAUCAACCCCAUGCUGGUGACUCUGUGUAAGGACCAGAGCCGGAUUCCAGCAGAGAUGCUUGGCCUGAAAGGACAAGGCAAGACCACGCUGCAGCUCAUGGAAGAGAACAGGCUCUUCAUCGUGGACUACGCACCCAUGCUCGGCGUUCCUGCUACUCCGGGCAAAUUCUUUUACGCGCCCAUUCUGCUCAUGUUCAAUGAACAACUCCCAGAUGGAAAGGCUCGUCUUAACAUGCUGGGUAUCCAACUCACAAGAAACAAGGGUAAGAAUGAGGUGUACUCGCCGGAGACGGCCAAGACACACCCCAACAAGUACAUGUUCGCCAAGAUGCACGUGGUGUCGGCUGACAACAACGUGCACCAGUUCCUGUACCACCUGGGCUACACUCACCUCGCUAUGGAGCCGAUCGCAGUGUCCCUCCACACCCACCUGCCACCAGACCACCCCAUCUACCGCCUGCUGCUGCCACACUUCAAGGACACCAUCGGCAUCAACUACCUGGCCCGCCACUCCCUGGUCUCCAGGAUCUUCCCAAUCACCGACCCGAUGUUCGCUACUUCCACCGUGGGAGGGCUCAAAAUGUUCAUCAAUGAGUGGCGCAAGUACAACUUCAUGGACAUGGCAUUCCCCGAGGAGCUGAAACGUCGCGGUUUUGACGAAGCUGGUUCUGACGGCUUGAAGAACUACCUUUACCGCGAUGACGGCUUCAAACUGUGGAACAUCUACAAGACGUAUGUGACGGGGAUGGUCAACGGGGCAUACGCAAGUGACCCAGCAGUGGCGGCCGACAAAGCGUUACAGGCGUUUUGCAAGAUGAUAGAAGGUCCCGGACAGCUUCACGGAUUUCCUCGCGAGAUUUCGAACAAGAAGCUGCUCAUCGACUGCCUGACCAACAUCAUCUUCAAUGUGAGCGCGCAGCACUCCGCCAUCAACUUCCCGCAGUAUGACUACUACUCCUUCAUACCCAACAGGCCGGCUCAGCUGUCGGCUCCCAUGCCUGACGGGCCGAACGACAUGCUGGAGUCAGCUGUCAUCGAGGCCCUGCCGAAUGUAAGGAACACCGCUCUUCAAGUCCUCCUGUCGUACAUGUUGUCCAUGCCGUCACAGACUGCUAUAACUGGGGUCGAUGCCAUGAAGGAUGUGUAUCCAGACGUCCAUGACAAGUUCAACAAGCAGCUUGUGGAUCUCUCCAAGGACAUCAAGUCUCGUAACGACCAGCUGAAGACAGAAGGGAAAGUGCCCUACACAUACCUGGAUCCUGAGAACGUUGCCAUGAGCAUCGACAUCUAGUCAUACCUGACAUCUGACCGUUAAAUAUCCCGUGCUUAAAGGUGCA